AUGAAAACUAUUUCUUAUAUGGGAAGUGUUGUUGAUACUACUGCUGAUUGGGGAAAUGAUUUUAUAUUUCCAAGUAGUAAAAAAGAAUCUAGCGCUAUCGAUAUCUCAACUCCAGCGACAAAUAUAGAUGAUUGGGAUAGUGAUUUUGGUUCAUUUUCAUCUACUACUCUUCAACAACCUUCACAACAAAAUAAUGGAACAUCUGUGUUGAAUGGUGAUGAUUGGGAUACUGAUUUUAAUUUCUCUCCUGUAAAAAGUGAUGACAAAAAUAAAAGUCAAAGUUCCUUGAAAGUAGAAAAUAAAACAGAUGAUUGGGGAGCUGAUUUCUCUUUUCCCGAAGACCUCUCUGUUCAACCAGCUAACAAUGAUAAGAAAACUAAUGUUAAUGAUGAUUGGGGAGAUGCUUUUACUUUCCCUACAGAACCUAAAACAAAUAAAUUCAUACAAAGUAGUUCAGAAAAAGCUAAUAAUUCAAAAGAUAUAUCAGGAGAUGAUUGGGGAGAUGAUUUUGGAUUUCCUGAAGAUCAAAAAGAUGGAAAAACAAAUACUACUAAAGGAAUUGAUGAUUGGGGUGACGAUUUUAUUACUACCCAAGAACCACCUAAAAGAAAAACUCUUGCAGGAAGAACUUAUGUAGAGCAAACACUUAAAAAAAAUACUGUUACUGAAUUAACUAGUCAAGGUAAACAAGUUAUUGUUGCUAAGAAAGCAGGAGGAAAAGAAGUUGCAAUUGGAGUGGAUGUGAAACAAGGAGGAGGAGUUAUAGAUAAACCAUUUUUAGAAGAAGUGCCUAGUUUUGAUGAUAUUGAUGCAUUAGAUACAAAUGAUGAAGCAAUGAAAAAGAAAAAAGAAAAGUUUAUUAAUAAAUUAAAAGAGUCAGCAAAAUUAAUUGAAAGUAUUACAAAAGAAACCCCACAUAAACUAGAAGUUCUUAUUGAUGAAUUAUUUAUGCUUAGUGAAGACUCUUCAUUUACUGAUCUCUCAGGAGUUAUACAUUCAGUUGGGCUAUUUUCAAUAUUAGCUGUACUAGAAAAAGAAGAAUUUGUUAAUUGCUUUCCAUUAAGAGUAAAGGCAUUACAAUUGAUUAAUUCAGUUAUGGGAAAGAAUUCUAUGGUGAGGAUGAAUAUUGUAUUAUCUGGGUGUCAAAGCAUUGUUAAUUUUGGAUUAGCUCAUGGUAAGUCAAAUGAUUCCUAUAUGAAAGAGUUAAUUAAAUUUAUUCAAUGUGUAAUGUCAGACGAAACAAAUAAAUAUCAAUUAGCUCAGAUGUUUAUUAAUUGUGGUGGAUUAUCAUUAUUUUAUCAAGUUUUAACACUUAAAUAUGAUGGAAAACAUCAAACAACGAUGAAUAUUAUAUUAGAAGUUAUCAGUAAGUUUGUACAUUCACAGAGUGAUAUUAAAACAAGAAUAGAUUUCUGUUCUCGUAAUAUUAUUACAUUAUUAUUCAUUAAAUAUAAAGUUAUUGAAGGAUUGCUUCAAUUUGUUAUUCAAACAUUUGUAAAUAAACAAUAUGGAGCUUCACUUCAUGCAAUAACAAUUUUAAUUCAAAUCAUUGAUGCUGUACUAAGAAAUGAAACACAAAUUAAAUUAAUUGUAUGUCAAAAAAUUGCAGCAACAGAUUUAUUAGGAACGUUAUGGAGAAAUAUGGAUAGUUCUAAUAUCCCUAAAGGUGAAAGUGAUGAUGGAAAAGAUUAUAUAUCUAUUCAAGAGGAUGUAUUAUUUAAUGUAUGUAAAUUAUGCAAAAUAUUAAUGACAGACUCAGAUUCAGACACUAUCACAAUAUUGUUAAAUGCUAAGAUUAUUUUCUUUAUAGUUAAAGUAUUAUUUAGGUGUGAUGCUGUUGAUCCACCUGAAUCAAAAAAGAAUAGACUAAAAUUUAUGAUGAGAAAUGGAUUAAUUAAUAAUGUUACACAAUGUUUAGAUAUGUUAUGCAGUUCAUUACAAGUAAAAUAUAAAGUAUGUUUAGAGUUAUCAUCUUAUCAAGGAAUUUUUGUUUUAUUAAAGAAUUUUUGUAUUUAUGCUAAGUCUAAUUCUAAAAUUAUUGAAGAAAACUCAUUCAAUAUUAUUAUUGAUGUUAGUCGUUCAUUAACAAAACAACAAAGUUCAAGCGAUUUUAUAACAAAUAAUGCAUUAGAAUUCCUUAUUAAUUAUUCAGCAGGAAAUGUACUUCGACCUCAUGUUUUUGCUGCUUUCAGGGCACUAUAUGAAUCAAAUAAGAAAAAAGGAUUAAAAUUAUUAUCAGAAGCUAAAUGUGUAUUACAUUUAUUAAAUACUUUCAAAAGAUGUAACUUUGCUGAUGGAAUUUGUGCAUCAGAAUUAAGAGAUUUUUGUUCAAUGUUAAAUGAUCAUGAUGAACUAACCUUGAUGUAUUCUAAAACUACAUUUUUAAGAGGGACUGCUAUGAUAUUAAAAAGUGUACCUUGUGACCUUAUUGAAACAAAAAAGAAUUUUGCUAUGUUAUUAAAAUCACUUAUCAAAGCUAAUCCUAAACCAAGCGAAAUACAAUUUAAAGAGAAGGUUUUAGUUGACUUAGAAGAAACAAUGAAACAAAGUGAAAUGGAAGGAAAAUUUGUUAUAGUUGAUAUUGUUGAAGAAUGUAUUGCAUUGAUAUUAGAACCAAAAAAGACAAAGACAAAUGAAAAGAAACAUAAAAAAGAUGAAACUAGUUCACUAGAAGAAAAGAAAAAGAAAGAUGAUGAUGAAAGUAAAACUAAAGUACCAACAAAAACAUCACCAAAAGGAGAUAAUAGAGCACAUAGAAGAGGUGUCUCAUUUGGUAAGUUCGGUAAUUCAGGUCUUUUUGGAAAACAUGACUCUAGCGAAAACUCAGAAGAUAAGUCUGAAGAACAUAUGUCUUCUUCUAAACAAGACAAAAAGAUUCCACCAAGUCCAGAAACACCUUCGUCAUCAUCACAGUCACCAAGUUCAACUAAAGCACAAUCACCACGUACAAGUAAUCAAAAUAUUAUGGGUUCUGUCCCAUUAACUACAAAAAUUACUAAUGUCCCAACAUCAUCAACUAGUUCAAAUUCUAAAUUUGCACAAAGCACUCCUGUUAAUAAUACUCAAUCUAAGUUAAGUAGUAAUAGUACAUUAAAAGGAAACGGUACAUUACCUACACGAUCUUCUGUUGCUAUGAAACAAACAACCCUAAUUGAAAAUCAACAAUCAAUUUCAUCUAAACCAAAACGUUCAUUCUUCUCAUUUGGUAAAAAGUAA